CUCUUGUCAACCCAGCGCCGAUUGAACGCGUGCGCUUUCCGUCCUCACGUGGAAGAUUGACCAGAUUGACUGUUCACAAAGACAUGGCCGACACGGAAGCAAGAGAGUUGGCGGAGGAAAACACCGGGGAAUCGAGCGAGUCAGUUACGAAUGUAAAAACCAACUGGAUUCCCUCUGGCGAAGAAACACCGGAUCUUCGAAGCGUCUUAGUUACUAGCGUCUUGAAUUUAGAGAAACUCGACACAGACCUAUACAGAGGGACGCACCACUGGGUACCCCGCUCACAACGGCUGUUUGGAGGACAGAUUGUUGGGCAGGCGUUGGUUGCCGCUGCCAAAUCUGUCAGUGAGGAUGUCUUUGCCCAUUCCCUGCACUGUUACUUUGUACGAGCAGGAGACCCCAAGGUGCCCGUGCUGUACCAGGUGGAUCGGACCCGGGACGGACAGAGCUUCUGCGUACGCUCCGUGAAGGCCAUUCAAAAUGGGCAGCCCAUUCUGAUCUGUCAGGCCUCCUUCCACCUGCACCAGCCCAGUCCCCUGCAGCACCAGUUCUCCAUGCCCGCAGUGCCUCCUCCCGAAGACCUGCUCACGGUGGAGAUGCUCAUCCAGAGAUAUUUGAGUCAUCCUGACCUGGCUGAGCAUUCCAAGCAAGGACUUAAUAGGUUACUGGCUAAUGAAGUUCCUAUUGAGAUCAAGCCAGUGAACCCACCAGAUUUUUACAGACGUGUUGCCAUGGAACCAAAGAAACUAUACUGGGUUCGUGCCAGAGGAUAUAUUGGUAACUUUCUUGAUAUUACAGGUGAAGGAGACAUGAAGCUGCACUGCUGUGUUGCUGCCUACGUUUCAGACUACUCCUUUCUGGACACUGCUUUACUGCCUUACCCAGCCUACCGAGCACAGUUUUCUGCAUCCUUGGACCAUGCCAUGUGGUUCCACAGCACCUUCCGUGCAGAUGAUUGGAUGCUGUACGAGUGUGAGAGUCCUUGGGCAGGGGGCAGCAGAGGGUUGGUUCAGGGCAGGCUCUGGAGACGGGAUGGCGUGCUGGCUGUCUCAUGUGCCCAGGAAGGAGUACUGAGAGUGAGAGAGAGAACUUCGAGAGACAGUAAAUUGUAGAAGCGUGGAGAUCCUGGACCCCAUUUAAAGAAUUUCCUGAAUUGAAAAUUCUACACAAUAAAAUGUGUGCUGUACUGGUGAAAGGUAAUGAUGCUGAUGUUAGCCUCUGUUCAUCUUGCACUGACUGAGGUUGAGACCAGUUAGCUUUUAGGAGGAUCAGUAGAAGCUCUGCAAGCUCUGCAAUCUCAGCUAAUUACUAAAGAGAUUGUUUUUUCAUGAUAGGAAUUCCAGAUGUUGGUUAAUCGUUGUUAGCCAAUUGUUGCGCAGAAUGUGAGACGAUUUUUCCUGCAUCAUUCCAGUUCCAGCUGUUAAUAUCCUUUGGGAAAUAAUGUUAUGUUCAAAGAGACAGGAAAACUCACAUUUCAGUUUUUUUUUAUUAAUCUUUAUUAAUUCUUUCUGAAAACCAUACGUGUCAAAAUUAUCCUAUUUCAUGAGAGCAGUGGUAACCAACCCUGUUGAGAUCUACCAUCCUGUAAGUUUUCACUCUAACCUUGACAAAGCACACCUCAUUCAAGAGCUAGAGAUCUGCAUUGAGCUGCUAAAUAGUAAAGUCAGGUGUGCCAGGUCUCCAGGACCAGAGUUGGUGACCACUGCAUUAGAGAAUAAAAAUGAGGUAACAAACAUGCAAAAUCCUUUUGUCAUCCAUCAGCAUGGGAACAUAUGGUACAUAUGGUAGUUGACUGUCACAAGUCUGAUAAUGGGUACAAAAAAGAACCCAUAAAUGAUUAAACAUACUACUUAGUACUGAAAGAACAAUAAUAUAUGUUUUAAACGUAUGGAAUGGUUGCAAACUUCCCAGGAAGAGGACACACAGGCUGUAUUAAUUAUUUUAAAACUAUUUAGAACUAUUUCUUGUGCACUUUGAUGUGGAUGAAGGUCUGUGACCAAAACAUUUGUGAUUGCCUUAAAUAAACUGCAAUUUUGCUAUA